UGGGGUUGACGAGCUCAGCGGCGGGUUUGCCGAGAUCAGUGCCCGGCGGCAGCUGGUGCGGGGGGCUGCCAGAGCCUUAGGUGGAGCGGGGCGGUGUGUGGCCGGGGCCAUGACGGGCAAUGCCGGGGAGUGGUGCCUCAUGGAAAGCGACCCCGGGGUCUUCACCGAGCUCAUUAAAGGAUUCGGUUGCCGAGGAGCCCAAGUAGAAGAAAUAUGGAGUUUAGAGCCUGAGAAUUUUGAAAAAUUAAAGCCAGUUCAUGGGUUAAUUUUUCUUUUCAAGUGGCAGCCAGGAGAAGAACCAGCAGGCUCUGUAGUUCAGGACUCCAGACUUGACACAAUAUUUUUUGCCAAGCAGGUUAUUAACAAUGCUUGUGCUACCCAAGCUAUAGUCAGUGUGUUACUGAACUGUACCCAUCAAGAUGUCCAUUUAGGAGAGACAUUGUCAGAGUUUAAAGAAUUUUCACAAAGUUUUGAUGCAGCUAUGAAAGGUUUGGCACUGAGCAAUUCAGAUGUGAUUCGACAAGUACACAACAGUUUUGCCAGACAGCAAAUGUUUGAAUUUGAUGCAAAGACGUCCGCAAAAGAAGAAGAUGCUUUUCAUUUUGUCAGUUAUGUUCCUGUAAACGGAAGAUUGUAUGAAUUAGAUGGAUUAAGAGAAGGACCGAUUGAUUUAGGUGCAUGCAAUCAAGAUGACUGGAUCAGCGCAGUGAGGCCAGUCAUAGAAAAAAGGAUACAAAAAGAGGAACCCAUGGAUACAGAUCAGGGUAAUAAUAUGUUAAGUGCUAUUCAGUCAGAGGUUGCCAAAAAUCAGAUGCUUAUUGAAGAAGAAGUACAGAAACUAAAAAGAUAUAAGAUUGAAAAUAUCAGAAGGAAGCAUAAUUAUCUGCCUUUCAUUAUGGAAUUAUUAAAGACUUUAGCAGAACACCAGCAGUUAAUACCACUAGUAGAAAAGGCAAAAGAAAAACAGAAUGCAAAGAAAGCGCAGGAAACCAAAUGAAGAAAAUGCUUUGGGAUGUGUCCACAUUUCUGCUUCUGCACUUAUUUUCAUGGAAACCAUUAAGUAUAAAGAACUUUGAGCAACAUCCUAAUUGACUCAGUGCACGUUUGGCGUAGUACCAGUCUGUCUUGUCUUUAAUGCAUGGAUUCCUUCCCUACCUGCAUCAUGUGCAUGUGGUGCAUAUUAAAUAAAAGUGAUGUUGAGAGUG